CGAAUGGUCCCAGCAUAAAAUUAAAGCCUCGUCACUUUUGCAAUGACAGCACCAACUUGUCAUUUUUAUUUCAAAAAAAUGCAAAUUAUAUUCUUUCCUUAAUAAUUUUGGACUCUAAUCAUUAAACUAAAUUUAUUGCUGGAGAUGUAUUUUAGAACUUUUUAUUUUUCUUGGAUUGGAUGUGUUAUCUCGAGGAUUCCACUCACACUCGUGACAGAUCAUCAUCAAUCAUGUGAAGUAUAUCACUCUGUUAUGUGGGCAAUUUUUUUCGCUUUGUGACCAACCAUAUUAUUCCUUUCUUUUCCUAGUUUCUGUACUUGCUGUUUUCAUUUCACUCACAGAAUUCCACCUUUAUCAGUAAUCACACACAAUUCAUAUCCAUGGCUACUGAGACUGUUGCAUCUGAUCACUCUGCACCUUCUGAGGAAGUCGAAAAACAAGCUCAACCUGAGGACAAGAAAAUUGAAUCUGAAGAUGUGUCCUCAUCAAAGGAGAGCCGCGAAAGUGUUGUAGAAGCUAAGACAGAUGAAAACAAAAUCGAGCCCGAACAUGCAAAAGAAGAUGAUGUGAAAGCUGAUGAGAAGCCAAAAGCUGAGGACCCAACUGACUUGGCUGUUCCCUCAGCCGAACCAGUUGAGAAAAAGGCCGAAGAAGAUAGCAAUAAACCAGCUGUCGACCUGAAGGAAGAGGAAAAGAAAAGAGAGGAUGAGCCAAUUACUGAGAACAAAGCAGAGGAGAAAUCAGAAAGCGGAGAAAAACCUGAGGAAUCAGCUAAGGUUGUCGAGGAAAAAGUUCCUACAUUUACGGAAACAAAUGACAAAGAAGCUCCUGAGGCUGAGCCAGUUGUAAAAGUUGAAAGUUUGGAUGAGGUCAAACCAGAAAAUCACAAGGCCCAAGUUGAAGAAAAGGAUGUGGAGACUGUUGAGGAUACUGAAGAGAAAGUUUCCGAAUCUGAAGAGAAAGAAGCAAAACCAGAAGAGAAAAAGGCCGUUGUAACUGAGGAAUUGGCUAAGUGCGAAACAGAACUGCCCGAGAAUGUGAAAAGUUCUGAUCCUUCACCAGAGCUUGAAGAGGAAGUUAAAGAUACAGUCACCAAACUUGUUGCUGAGAAUGCUAAAGCUGAAGAUGAUGAUACUCCUGAGAAAGGUGAGGUGGCGGAAAAAAUAAUGGAAACUGUACAAGUUGUUGAAGAGAAACUGGAAGAAGAGAAAAGAGCAGUGGAUGAGAAAAUAGAGGAAACUGCGGAAACCGUCGAAGCCAAGUUAGAGGAGAAGAAGGAAGACGUGAAAAAGUCGCAAGAUGUCCCUGCGAAAACUCAAAAGCAAUCACUAGUUAAGAUUGUGAAGCAAUCCCUAGUGAAGGCUAAAAAAGCCAUUACUGGAAAAUCUCAGAAUUCGAAAACGCCGGCUGUGGAGCCAAAGGAUGAUGGUAAAAAAUAGCCGUAAAACGACUUUGUUUAUGAAAUUUGGUGAUAUGAUUUGUUUCAUUUGUGUGAUGAUAUUGUUUUCUCUUUUGUUGAUGAUUUGUUUGUGCCUGGUUGAUUUUGUGCAUCAAAGUAUUUAUCUGUUAGGUAUACGAGUUGCUUUUGAAUAUUCUGAAAACAAGGAGGAAGUUCCUUCCUUCUUUAGUCCCUGCUCUCUUAGUUCUGUUGUAUUCAUUUCUUGGUUUGUGUAUUUAUUUUAAUGUAAGAAUGAUAUUCGAUUUGUUAAUUGAUUCGUGUCGCAGAUGUAAAUAAUACUGCUGUUUGUCCAAGAAUCUCUACUUAGUAUUGCAACGCAUAUAAAUGUUUGAUCGGUUAUUACGCGUCUUGAGUUUGCGACCUUAUUUCUGUGUGUACUUAUCUGAUUCACAUCUUAGUUAUGUUACUCUGG